AAAGAAGAAUUACCUAUAACUAAUAUCAUAUGUGGUCCAAAUGGACGUGUAGCAUUUCUCUUUGCUGAUCGUUAUCACGAUACAUGGUGCUCACAUAACGGUAUCAUUAUAUUUUGGCAACGUCGUAUAAUUGAUCAUUUGGUGCUUUCCAGUUGUCCAACAACUCUUCGAUAUGGUCCUCAAGGUUUGAUAGCAGUAGGUUUGAUAACAGGUCAUAUUUUGAUUAUUCUAAAUGGUGAAAUUAUAUCAACAAAUGAGGUAAAUAAAUUGUAUGAAUUGUGA